GGUUAAUAUUGAUUCAUCGCCUGGAACCCGCGCCUGCGGUGAGACCAAACACACUCAGUCACAGCGCGGAAACAGUUAUCGCUACACACACAGUACAACAAUGGAAGACGGCGACACGACGGAGGAUGCGGCUGUUGUUCCGGUCGCAAGCGGCGACGGCGACGGCGACGCGCUUGGGUUUCCACAUUCCUCGCGCCACCGCGAUCCGGAGGAGGAAUUUCCGCAAGAAUUGCUGCGUAACACGAAGGCUUCAUUAGAGAACAUCGUGGCCGAGAUUCUCUCUCUCAAGAGCCAUCCCAAGCCCAAACCUCUCCUCACUCUCCGUCUCCGAGAGCUCCUCACUCAAACGUUCCUCCACUUCGUCACUCUCCGCCAGGCGAACCGGUCGAUCUUGCUGGAGGAGGAGCGUGCGAGAACGGAGACGGAGCGUGCGAAGGCGCCUCUGGAACGCACCGCGCAGCAGCUUCACAAUCUCGUGUACGAGAAGAGUCACUACGCGAAAGCGAUUAAGGCGUGUAGCGAUUUCAAGUCGAAGUAUCCCGAUAUUGAAGUGGCGUCGGAGGACGAGUUUUUUCGCGACGCGCCUCGGAAUAUGAAGGACGCUGUUUUGUCUAAUCACAGUGAACAUAACCUCGUGCUUAAGAGGCUCAAUUUUGAGCUGUUCCAGCGCAAAGAGCUUUGCAAACUUCAUGACAAACUGGAACAGACAAGAAAAAUCCUUCUGGAGACUAUUGCAAACCGAAAGAAAUUCUUGUCUAGUCUCCCUUCACAGCUCAAGUCUCUUAAAAAAGCAUCCUUGCCGGUGCAAAAUCAGCUAGGAGUUCAGCAUACUAAGAAACUAAAGCGGCAUCAUUCAGCAGGGUUACUUCCACCACCUCUUUAUGUGAUUUACUCACAGUUGUUGGCUCAAAUGGAGGCAUUUGGAGAAUCUAUUGACAUGGAGAUUAUAGGAAGCGUCAAAGAUGCUCAAUCUUUUGCCCGCCAUCAAGCUUACAAGGACACUGGCAUUUCCACCUCUGCGGAGAGUUACAAAUUGGAAAAUGAUGUACCCGACGAAGAUGGUCAGAGACAGAGUAAAAGGUCAAGGAGAUUUCAAGGCAAGGAGAGCCUUGACCAGGCAGGAAUGUUUCAAAAUCACCCACUUGCUGUCAAUCUUCAUGUGUAUGAUAACGAGGUUUCUGAUCUUGAGUCAGCAAAACUCGUUACUCUAAAGUUUGAGUAUUUGAUGCAGUUGAAUAUUAUAUGUGUUGGAAUCGAAGCAUCUAAUGAUGGUCCUGAGAAUGACAUCUUAUGCAAUUUAUUCCCUGAUGACACAGGUCUUGAGCUUCCUCACCAGUCAGCUAAGCUCAUUGUUGGGGAAGCUACAAUGUUUAAUGGUGAUAGAACUUCACGUCCUUAUAAAUGGGCUCAGCACCUGGCAGGCAUUGAUUUCUUGCCUGAGGUGGCUCCCUUGCUGCUUGUUAGCCGGGAAACUUCUUCAGACAGUGGUGAAGAUGUCAUACAUAGUCUUUCACAAUAUCGCCAGCAUAACCAAUUACAGACAAUUCUGCAGAAAAUUCGCUCAAGGGCAAAAGCUAAGUUGUCUCUUCAAUAAUAAGUCACUGCACUUAUAUGUUUACAGUUUUAGAAUAGGAAAAGCCCUCCUGGGUAUUCAAUGAAUUAAAAAUAAUGUGAUAAACUGAAAGGCUUUUUUUGGGCUAUGUUUUGGUUGUUGUAUUAGUGUAACUGACAUCUUAGUUUUUUUUUUUUUUUUUUUGUCUCCUUUUCUGCUGUAAAUCCUUGUAAAUUAUCUUUGUAAGAUUUGUGUUUUCUGUCCAUUUAUUGAAA